UUGACCACUGGGACUGCACUGGUGGGACUUCUAUUUCUACUUACUGGGAAUUUUCAAUCCUGUGAGGAUGAUGUGAUGCGGGGAAUUUGGGAAAAUUCCAUCGAUGUGGGUAAUAGACGGUGCUUGGAUAAUUUUUACAAAACUCUAAAUCUGUCUGCUCGACAGCCGAUUUGUUCGCGAAUUAUUGGAGGAGAUCAGACUGCAGUUGAAAAAGCUCUUUUAAAUGCUAUUGAUGUUACACGUGGUAAAACGCCUUUGACUGAAAAACAUUAUUGGAAUAUGACACGGGACUGUGCUGCAUUUAAAAAGGAGCGCAAGUACCUAAACUUCGCACUGAGCAAGGAAGAGAGGAAUUUUCCCAUCGCCUACUCCAUUGUAAUUCAUCAGAACAUAGAAAUGUUUGAAAGAUUGCUGCGGAGCAUUUAUACUCCGCAAAAUGUGUACUGUAUCCACGUGGAUCGGAAAGCUGCAGACAGUUUUCAUCUCGCUGUGAGAGCUAUUGCCUCUUGUUUCUCCAAUGUUUUCGUUGCCAGCAAGUUGGAGAAUGUGAUCUACGCGUCUUGGUCGCGGGUACAAGCUGACCUGAACUGUAUGGAAGAGCUGCUCCAAAACCCAGUCCGCUGGAGAUAUUUUAUUAACCUUUGCGGAAUGGACUUCCCGCUUAAAACAAAUGCAGAGAUUGUCAGAAACCUCAUUGUCCUGAAUGGGAAAAACAGCAUGGAAUCCGAAGUGCCCUCAGCAUCCAAACGGGUAAGUCGCCGAUUUGCUCAAAGUGUCCUCCGCUUUCAGCCAAAUGAAAGACAGCCACCCGACUGAAAGGACACAUCAGUCCUCGCUCACAUCUCUCUCAAACACAUUGCAAAAUCACUGUGCAUUGUUCAACCUCAAAAAUUUACGAAUAUACUCCCUAAUUUCAUCUGAAUGUGCCCAGUGUUGUUGUUUUAUUUUACUGUAAUUGAA